AUGGCUGAGGGGAGUGCUUCUUUUGACUGGGACAUGGCGGUCUCGGUGGCUGGGAACCACUAUACGAGCUCCGGCCAUGGCGGAGUUGCACAACACUUCGUCCAUAAUGAUGGUGGUGCUCCAGCCGGGGCGGUUGUCGUCCCGGGCGCUGGAUCAAGGGCUUCUGGUGGCAUCAGCAAGAUGGAUCCCACCAGCUUACCCGGCUACGGGAGCAGCGACGGCCCUACGGCAAUCACGGCAACUACUCAGGCGCUGCCGCCUGCCAGAUCUAGCGGCCAGGGGCUGACACAGUUCAAAAGGUCCUGGACCGUGGAGGAAGACACGCUGCUCAGGGAGAAGGUGCGGGAAUUCGGCCAAGGGAGUUGGGCGGAGGUUGCAUUGUACCUCCCUGGCCGGAGCGGGAAGCAGUGUCGAGAGAGAUGGACCAACCAACUUGACCCCAACAUUGAGAGGAAAAAAUGGACCGAAGUGGAAGACAUGAAGCUGAUCAAGAUGCACCAGACUUGGGGGAACUGCUGGUCGGUGAUCGUCCGAGAACUCCCCGGACGGUCAGACAAUGCCGUCAAGAACCACUGGAAUGCCACCAAGCGCAGUCUGAACACGAAACGCCAUAUGAAGAAGAGGAACAGUGAGCAGCCACCUCCUGGCCAGCUCUCCCUUCUUAUGGAGUACAUCCGCAGCCUUGACCCGCAUACCGAACCACCCACAGAGACACGUCUAGUGUCCCCACCGUUGUAUCAUGACCAACAACACGGUGGGAAAACGAGGAUGGCCGAUAUAGACUCUGUCGUCGUCAUUGCCCCUACCGCACAGGCGCACCCGAGUUACCCUAAUCUGACCAUGACUGGUAUGUACUACCACCCAAACCCGGCCAACAUGCAGUACUGGGUGCCAGACUUGAAUGUCACCGAUGGGACAAAAGAGGGGUACUCAUACUACAUCCCUCCCAAUGCGCACCUGAACCACCACCAGUCGUAUGGUUUGUCUCCGACACAGAUGGUUAGCAAGAAAGACAUCCAGCAGGCAGCCAAUGCAAGCAUGGACAUGUAUGCAUUCACCGAACAACAUACCCUCCCAGUGAACAACCUGAAGGCUGCUGCAGAGAUGCACCGCGAGUCCUCCAUCAACAACCAACUGGGCAACAUGUGUGGUGGAGCUGGUGGCUGGUCCUACUACUAUGGCAUGGAUGCGGCUGGUUCAAGCGGCCCCACAGGAGGUAGUGGUAGUGGUAAUGACCCUGAAGGCAUCGACAUGGUGUAG